AUGGAGGGAAUGUCAAACAUUUAUGAGAGAAAUGUUCAAACUGAUAAGGAACUUGUGGGGAUCAAGAAAACCCUAGGAUUGUUGAUGUCCAAGGAGAAAGAAAAGGAGCAAGGGAGAGCUGAAUCUUCCACAAUCAGAAAUUGUCUAGCUUGGAUGCAGAAUGAAGGUCGCAAUAAGGAAUUCCAUGGAGAUGGAAAUUAUGGUAAUGGACAGUUUUUUACCCGAUUCUCCAAAUUGAAUUUCCCUCAUUUUUCUAGUUGUGAAUUGCACACUUGGUUAUACAAGGUUGAUCAAGUAUUUUCUAUGGAGGAAAUUCCUUUUAAACAGAGGGUGAAGGUGGAUUCCAUCCAUUUGGAUGGUAAAGCUAUUGCAAGGCAUAUGUCGUAUACAAACUCUAAAAAUACUGCUUCCAAACUCUCAUGGUCUGAGUAUGUGUUAGUCCUAAAUAAGAGAUUUGGGGAUGGAUUUGAAGACCCAAUAGAGGCUUCGAAAAAUUUGAGACAAACUGGUAGUGUCAAAGAAUAUCAAGCAAAAUUUGAUAGGUUAUUAACAAGAGUUAAUCUAUCAAAUGAGAAUGCUAUAAGUUGA